AUGUAUUUGCUGCGGCACCAACUGCUGCUGGUGUACAUACACUCCACUGCAGCAGCAGCAGCACGCACUGAUUGCUUCCCUUCACACCUGCGCGCUCUGCUCUCGCUGCCGCAGCAAGCGGACGCACUCACAGCCUCUCCAGCAGCAGCAGCAGCAGCAGCAGCAGCAGCAGCAACAGGAACGGCUAGAAACCGAUUGUUUUUGCUGCUGCGCUGCAACGAUGCGAUGCCGCACCGCCGCCCCGUUGUAACAGCGGGCUGCAACUGCAGCAGCAGCAGCAGCAGCAGCAGCAGCAGCAGCAGCAGCGGCCGCUGGAGUCACGCAGACAUUGCUGCUGCUUCUGCUGCUGCAGGGGAUACAGCAGUUGCAUGCUGUAGUGCCAGUGAGAGCAGCAGCAGCAGCAGCAGCAGCAGCAGCAGCAGCAGCAGCAGCAGCAGCAGCAGCAGCAGCACUGCAUGCUGUAGUGCCAGUGAGAGCAGCAGCAGCAGCAGCAGCAGCAGCAGCAGCAGCAGCAGCAGCAGCGGCGUUGGGGGCUGCCGAGAGAUGUUCUCCCUUGCCUCCAGCCACUGCGGCCAGCUACGCACUCCAGCAGCAGCAGCAAAAGCAGCAGCAGCAAGAGCAGCAGCAGCAAAAGCAGCAGCAGCAAGAGCAGCAGCAGCAAGUGAAUCUCUUCGACUUUGUUUUUUUCCAGCAGCACGCCGUCAGAAGCAGCAGCAGCAAGAGCAGCAGCAGCAAAAGCUGCAGCAGCAAGAGCAGCAGCAGCAAGUGAAUCUCUUCGACUUUGUUUUUUUCCAGCAGCACGCCGUCAAGCGUGCAGCAACAGCAGCAGCAGCAGCAACUGCAGCAGCAGCAGCAGCAACUGCAGCAGCAGCAACUGCAGCAGCAGCAGCAGCAGCUUCACUCAGCAGCAGCAGCGGCGAAGGUGGAGACUGCCGCUGCACCCCUCAAAGACGGGCUGCAGAAGCACUGCAGCAGCAACAGCAGCAGCAGCAGCAGCUGCUGCUGCAGCAGCACUCCCCAGCUGCCGCAGCAGCAGCAGCAGUAGCAGCAGCAGCAGCAGCAGCAGCAGCAGAUACAACGGGGACGCCAAUUGCUGCUGGAGCAGCUAUAGACGUGCCCUUAGCACCCCCCAAAGACGGGCUGCAGAAGCACUGCAGCAGCAACAGCAGCAGCAGCAGCAGCUGCUGCUGCAGCAGCAGCAGCUGCAGCAGCAGCAGCAACAGAGGGUGUGAUGGAUCUUCUCUGGCUGUCUCGGCUUUCUUUGAAGCACGAGGCCACACAGACAUCGCAGAAGCUGCAGCAGCAACAGCAGCAGCUGCAGCAGCAGCAACAGCAGCUGCAGCAGCAACUGCAGCUGCAGCUGCCGCAGAAACUGCAGCAGCAACAGAAACAGCAACAGCAACAACAGCAGCAACAACCAUGACAAACCCAGCUGAUUCUCCCCUAAGUGAUGCUGCUGCGCAGCGGCAGCGGCUGCGUCAGCAGCAGCAACGCCUGGAGCAGCAGCAGCUGCUGCUGCAGCAGGAACGCCUGCGGCUGCAGCAGCAGGAGCGAGACCAGGACGAGCAACGGCAGCAGAUAGAAGAGAGGCUGCAGCAGCUGCAGCACCAGCAGCAGCAGCAAGCAGAAACUGCAGCAGCAACAGAAACAACAGCAGCAACAACAGCAGCAACAACCAUGACAAACCCAGCUGAUUCUCCCCUAAGUGAUGCUGCUGCGCAGCGGCAGCGGCUGCGUCAGCAGCAGCAACGGCUGGAGCAGCAGCAGCUGCUGCUGCAGCAGGAACGCCUGCGGCUGCAGCAGCAGGAGCGGGACCAGGACGAGCAACGGCAGCAGAUAGAAGAGAGGCUGCAGCAGCUGCAGCACCAGCAGCAGCAGCAGCAGCAGCAGCAGCACGCGGAGAAGCGCAGGUUUGCUGCUGCAGCAGAAACCUCUCCCUCGGGAGCAGCAGCAAGACACAGAGCAGCAAAAGCUUAUAAGAGUCAGGUCCUCAGCAGAGGACAGCAGCAGCAGCAGCACGCGGAGAAGCGCAGGUUUGCUGCUGCAGCAGAAACAUCUCCCUCGGGAGCAGCAGCAAGACACAGAGCAGCAAAAGCUUAUAAGAGUCAGGUCCUCAGCAGAGGCCGUCGCAGCAGGAAGGAGCAGCAGCAGCAGCAGCAGCAGCAGCAGCAGCUGAAGCACUACUUCCUGCAGCAGCUGCUGCUGCAGCAGCCGCAGCAGCGGGACCAGGCUGCGCUGCAGCACCUCGUUGAUGCUGCUUCCUUCUCUGCUGAUGUAACAACGGACCUGCAGCUGCAGCAGCAGCAGCAGCAGCAAAUGCUGCUGCUGCUGCAGCAGUCCGAUGGGGACCCACUCUUCCCUUGCAGCACGAGAUCUCGGGUUCAGCGGCGCAGCAGCAGCGGCAGCUCUGCUGCUGCUGCUGCUGCUGCUGCUGCUUCUGGGUCUGCCACGCAGACACCUCAGGUCGCAGCGGGAGCAGCAGCAGCAGCAGCAGCAGCAGCAGCAGCAGAGCCAGCAACAGAAGCUGCAGCCUUUGAGGGCUUCUCUUCGCCGCCAGCAUCAACACAGAGCGACAGCAGCAGCGGUGAGGAAGCAAGCGAAGAUUUGCUGCCUUACGGGCAGCAGCUGCAGCAGCAGCAGCAGCAGCAGCAGCAGCAACAGCAGCAGCAAUGGGCGCGGUAUCUACAGGAGGAGACAGUGCUGUCCCCUUCUCUAUCUCUUGCUUCUCUAUCUUCGGAUACCGACACAGGUAUCGACGGGCGGAGCGUUUCAGUGGCAGGCGCACCUGGGGAGCCCCCUUGCUGCAGCAUACGUGGCCAACAGCAGCAGCAGCAGCAGCAGCAGCAGCAGCAGCAGCAGCAACACGAGCACCCGCAGCAGCAAUGCAGCAGCAGCAGCAGCAACAGCAGCAGCAGCAGCAGCAGCAACAACAGCAGCACCAGCAGCAGCAGCGCAACAGCAGCAGCAGCAGCAGCAGCAACAACAGCAGCACCAGCAGCAGCAGCUGAGGGAUGCAGCGACUGCGUCGUUCUGGGCAGUGCAGAAGCAGCGCAGCCAGACAGCAAUUUGAUCCCCACAGGAAACGCAGCAGCAGCAGCAGCAGCAGCAGCAGCAGCAGCAGCAGCAGCUCCUAGUGAAGAGACACCGGGACGCAUGCGGCGGCUGCUGCCGGGCUAUGACGGCCGACUGUACCUGGUGGAGCCAGACGGCACAAUGGUGGCGCUGCAAGUGACGGUGCCGCAGGUGGUGAGCCGACUGCCCUUUCAGGCGCCGCUCUUUCCGGGGGUUUAUUUUGUCGGCCGCAAAGACGCCAGGGUCAGGGCUCUCGACCUCCUCACGACACAAGCAGCAGCAACUGUUGCCACGUAUCUAGCUGCGGCCGAGUCUUAUAUAUCUGCUGCUGUAGCGUAUGCUGCUGCAGCAGCAGCAGCAGCAGCAGCAGCUGAGACUGCGUGGGGGCUGUCUUGGGUGGAUGUGGCGGGGUUUGGAGACGAUCCCCAGCUGCCUUGUCAGUGCGCAGACACACAAGAGACUCGUAUGCUGCUGCUGCUGCAGCAGCAGCAGCAGCAGCAGCUGCGACUGCGUGGGGGCUGUCUUGGGUGGAUGUGGCGGGGUUUGGAGACGAUCCCCAGCUGCCUGUGGGGGCUGUCUUGGGUGGAUGUGGCGGGGUUUGGAGACGAUCCCCAGCUGCCUAGGUGGGGGCUGUCUUGGGUGGAUGUGGCGGGGUUUGGAGACGAUCCCCAGCUGCCUAGACACCCCGAGGAGCUGCGGCUGACGGAGACACUGCGGGCCUCGCUGCGGGCAGAGGGGGAGCUGCUGUAUAUGCUGCAGCGGGACCCUGCUGCUGCUGCUGCUGCUGCUGCUACGGGAGACCCUGCUGCAGCAGCAGCGCCCUUGUUCUUGAAAUUCCCGGCUCCUAUUGCUGCUGUUUUUGCUGUUACUUCUCCCCUGCAGCAGCAGCAGCAGCAGCAGCAGCAGCAGCACUCAGAGGACUCCCUCUGGCAGCAGCAGCAGGAGCUGCACAGGCCGACUGCCUAUACACUCCAAUUCAUUGCUCGCCAAAGGAGGCCUACAGGACUACCCCUCCCCCCCGACCCGUGGCGGCAGGAGCAGACAGUUGCUGCUGCUGCUGCUGCUGCUGAUGCAGCAGUUCCCUUUUACAUUCCUUCUCUGCUGCCGGCGCCUCCGUUGCUGCCUCCGCUGCAGCAGCAGCAGCAGCAGCAGUUGCUGCUGCAGCAGCAAGCUGGGCAGCAGCAGCAGCAGCUGGUCUCUGUACACUACAAAUACCUGCAAGACCUGGCGGGGGUCCCCGUGCUGCAGCGGCCGCUUCAGUGGAGCCAGUCUGAGUACUCUCUGGAGUCACCAGCAGCAGCAGCAGCAGCAGCAGCAACUGCAGCAGCAGCAGCAGCAGCCGCAGCAGCAGCAGCAGCAGCAGCAGCCGCAGCAAGCCCCUCAUUACUGGGGAGGGCCCCGCUGCCUUUGGAGGCCCCACCUGGCUGGCGUUCCUCUGCUGAGAGCUCCCCGCAACAAUGUAGCAGCAGCAGCAGCAGCAGCAGCAGCAGCAACAGCAACAGUAGCAGCAGCAGCAGCGGACGCAUGCCAGCAGCCGUUGGAGACGUCGACGGGGGAACGACUCCCUGGUGGCCUCAUGGACGACAGCAGCAGCAGCAGCAACAACAGCAGCACCAACAGCAGCAGCAGCAGCAGCAGCAGCAGCAGCGGCAGCAGCAGCAGCAGCAGCAGCAGCAACUGCCCUAUGAGCAGCUGCCGCGACCCUUCAACCCCAUCGUGUUGGAGGCCCCACCUGGCUGGCGUUCGUCUGCUGAGAGCUCCCCGCAACAAUGUAGCAGCAGCAGCAGCAGCAGCAGCAGCAACAGCAACAGCAGCAGCAGCAGCAGCGGACGCAUGCCAGCAGCUGUUGGAGACGUCGACGGGGGAACGACUCCCUGGUGGCCUCAUGGACGACAGCAGCAGCAGCAGCAACAACAGCAGCACCAACAGCAACAGCAACAGCAGCAGCAGCAGCGGCAGCAGCAGCAGCAGCAGCAGCAACUGCCCUAUGAGCAGCUGCCGCGACCCUUCAACCCCAUCGUGUCUCCUGUGCUGGGCAUCCUCAGGCGGUGGAUGCAGCGGGUGUUUCACGCAGACAUAGGAAAGCAGCAGCAGCAGCAGCAGCAGCAGCGGCAGCAGCAGCAGCAGCAGCAGCAGCACGGAUCGUUCUCUUAUCUGCCCCUGCAUCAACACCCUCUUUGGCGAAAACCUCGGAGCCGCAUGCAUAUGCAGCAGCUGCAGCAGCAGCAGCAGCAAGAGGACGGGCAGCAGCAGCAGCAGCAGCAGCAGCAAGAAGGAGACAGGGAACCUGCGGAGACAGCAGGUGCUGCUGUUACCUUCAUGUGGCUGGGGUCGUUCGUUGCUGCUGUUUCUGCUGCUGUCUGCUCAAGCUCUCGCAUCAGGAGACAGCCGCUGCUGCAGGCUCUCAUAAGACGCUGGGUGCUGCUGCUGCAGUGGUGGGUGCAGCGGAUGCUGGCACAGCAGCAGCAGCAGCAGCAGCAGCAGCAGCAGCAGCAGCGUCGGCCCCAGCUGGAACUCAGCAGCAGCAGCAGCAGCAGUGCUGCCCCGCUGUCGCAGCUCGAAGCAGAAGGGGAGGAUAUAUCUCCAGCAGCAGCAACACCUGCUGCUGCUGCUGCUGCUGCUGCAGCAGCAGAACUAUCAGGAGAUGCAAUUUGGAGCUGCCAAAGCAGAAGCAGCAGCAGCAACCGCAGCAGCAGCAGCAGCAGCAACGCAGCGUCUGACGCAGCAGAUAGAGGGAGCAACCGCAGGAGAUUCAGAGGCCGCGGCAGGGCCCAUAGGUAUCCUUUACAUGCAUCACCUCGUCAGCACCCAGCAGCAGCAGCAGCAGCAGCAGCAGCAACAGCAGCAGCAGCAACAGCAGCAGCAGCAACAAAGGUGCGGAGACGGCGCACCACAACCACAAGCAGCAGCAGCAGCAGCAGCAGCAGCAGCAGCAGCUCUGGUGAAGGGGGCCAGAAGCAGCAGCAGAGAAAACGUUCUAAGCGUUUCGCUGAGCCCUUCCUGGCUUCUACACUGUGGGGGCAGCAACAGCAGGACGAGCAGCAGCAGCAGCAGCAGCAGCAGCAGCAGCAGCAGCAGCAGUUAGAGAAUUAUAUGAGGAGACGGGGUACUGUUGACGUGGGGAAUACACCGCCGCUGUGUCUGGGGCCCCCAUCUCACCCUUUUGCUGCUGUCUCUUCCCCAGUGCCUCCGUUUCGCUCUCCAGCAGCAGCAGCAGCAGCAGCAGCAGCAGCAGGAGCAGCAGCAGGAGCAGCAGGAGGCAUAGGAGACAGUUCGUUGCCUGCUUCUGCGCGGCAGCAGCAGCAGCAGCAGCAGCAGCAGCAGAAACACCUGGGUUCAAACGAGUAG